UGACAUGGGCCCAUCCACCAUACUGAACUACAUCAAGAACAUGAUCCGGUUCGUUCAGUAUCUGAAGACCCACCUCAACUUGGUUGCAGCAGAUGCUGACUUCUACAGGAAGUGCCAAGCAUACAUCGACCUCCUCACUUCCCUCAGAAAGCCAGUUUCCAAGUCGAACAGCAAGGUCACUUGUAAAAUCAGGUAUGAACGGUUCCUUGAGGGUGAGAAGAGCCUUCAGGAGUGCCAGGCAGUCCUCCGGAAGGCCCAUAAAGACAUGCUGUCCGUUUAUGGGAGGAUGCUGGAAGGUGACCAUGUGGCUUCAGAGGAAAAGACCAUGUUCCGUUACUACUGUGAAGCAAUCCUGAUCCUCGCUCACUUCCAGAGACCAGGAGCGGUGGAGGGAUUAACUACAACAGAGUGGGAUGAGAGAAAAAAUCAUAGGGGAAAGGUGUGUGUGGCUGUCAGCGAACAGACUGCAGCAAUGCAGAUCGCCGUGUUUGCCCUAUCAAUGGAGGAGGCAGCAAUGCUGGACGCAUACUACACCUGGAUCCGCCCUGACUGCAUCCGGCCGGAUGUAGAACAUGGAAACAGGUUGUUUGUUUCAUCCUCGGGCACGAAGAUCAGGAGUGCGACCAAUGACCUCGCUCGUCUGCACGCACACUACAAACUGCCCAACAUCAAAAGCCAGCAGGUACGCAGGACCGUGGAGACAGAUGCGGCUGCAAACUUCACAGAGGAGCAGAAGGCGUCUGUUGCACACUACAUGGCCCAUUCGACGGCGGUGGCGAACCAACACUACCGCAUGAAGACCCUGGACUCUGUGGUAGUGACCUCAAACCUGCUCACCUCCAUGAAUCGCUACUCUUCUGACGACUCUGGUGAAGAGUGCACCCAGGCAGAGAAGAGAAGGCGAGUGCAAGAGGAAGAGGUUAGCAGCCCAACACCCGACUUUGACGAUUUCCUAAAGGCCUUCCCUGUAGAAAUCUCUGGCCAGCCACCCAACAAAACCCAGAGAGCAAAAGCUGGGUUCCCCACUGACAGAGUCUUCUAUGACAAGUGGAGAGCUCUGCAGUACAGCAAGCGGGAGCAACAUCUUUUAUCAAAAUGCUCAAGAUGUGCCCCAACUGCAGCAAAGGUGGCUAAAGUCAUAGAGGCAGAGGGCUGGACGGCCAAUCAUCCCCGGCCAGAGGACGUCAUUGUGAAGUGGAGGCCGCUCAGCAGAGCACAGGCACAGAGUGACCCAGCCAUCAUCAGGGCGGUGACCAGUCAGAAAUGGCGGGGUCUGGCUGUGAAGGAUUUCGGGGGCAGAAAGGUAAAAAGAGUUGUUGCAACCAAGGCCUUCGGGAAGGGCUCCAUCCUGUGUGAUUUCCACGGAAAGGUGAUCACAGGUGCUGAGGGCAGGGAGAUGGCAGAGAUGCAGGAUGAGCUGGGCCGCCUGUUUUUCUUCAAACACGGCAGCGAGGAAGUCUGCAUCGAUGCGGAGACCUUCCCCUGUGAGUGCCACCCGUCUCUGGAAACCCCAGGGAGAUGGAUUACGCACUCCAAGAAGAAGUUCAACGUGCAGCCACGCCUCUGCACAGUGAAGCUGCAAGAAGGAGACAGGGACGUCAUGCUCUUUCAGGCCACAAAGGACAUUUGCAAAGAUGACCAGAUCCGCUUCGACCACAGCAUUAAGAAGAGGUGUUUUCGUGGGGAGGAAGAGGAGCUGGAGUGGCUGGAUGACUGA